AUGUCCUUCUGCAAGUCCUUCUGCAUCGCUGUCAUUCUUCUGUUCCUGUUACCCAAUCCGGACAAGUUUAAAGCGGCGUGCAAUAAGACGAGCAGCGUAUGGACCGAAGCGAGAAAAAUAACCCGAUUGUUAUUACACAACUGCUCGCGUCUUAGUACUGCAAACUCUCAGGAGCAAUUCCUGAUUAUCUUGCAGGACUGUCUCAAGCGUAAGACCCUGCAGGCAUUCGAUAGGGUGCUGGAACGAGACGUUAUCGAAUUGGUCGGUGGGGUAGCUCUGGUCAGGUAUCAGAGGGAAAACGGCACUCGGGACAGGAGGUAUGAAGUGGAUUGGAAAUCUCAAGUCGCCAAGAGACUGACGCAACUUUUUACAACGCACGUUCUUAAAAUACACUUAAAUGAACUCCACGGACUUCAGUUCGAAGGUACAAGAAACAAAGAAAAACACAACAUGUUCUCCCAGCUCCUCAUGUUCGCAAUGAUCGCAGCGGGCGUGAUCGUGAUCCCCCUGGGGUUCCAGUUCCUGGCCAUCCUGGGCGGCAAGGCCCUGCUCCUGGCUAAAAUGGCUCUGCUAAUGACAUCCAUCCAGGGACUGAAGAAAAUUGCUACGAGCAACCUCAACUACGGCCUGUAUUCCACUUACAGCCAAGGACCAUGGCAUUACGACAGGAAGUGGCCAUAUCCAGCAGAAGGUCACGGAGACACUUACACCACCGGCUACGAGAGUAAUCCCCACUACGAUAUUCUUCAUCCGAGGCAGGAUGCGGUGUUGGACAAUAAUUGA